CCAGCCUACGCCCGUACUGUUUUGUUUGCUUAGCUACAGGAAGAGUGUUUGUGUGGAUGUCAAACGUACUGUGUGAAAAUAAUUACAAAUACAUUAAUAAUAAGAUAACACAUUCAUAUACUUUUUAUUUGUGUAUCUUUUCGGGCCUGGUCCACAUUUUUCUUUGGUUACACGCACAGCUGUGAUGGCUACUAGCUACAAGAAGCCAUCACUGGGAGCCACUUCUCAGCGGAAGAAGACUGGCCCCAAGCCAGAGCUGACGGAGGAGAUGAAACAGGAGAUCCGGGAAGCGUUUGACCUCUUCGAUACAGAUGGAUCCGGAUACAUUGAUGUGAAGGAGCUAAAGGUUGCUAUGAGAGCGCUGGGGUUUGAACCUAAAAAAGAAGAAAUAAAGAAAAUGAUUGUGGAAAUUGAUAAGGAAGGGACUGGAAAGAUAGACUUCAAUGACUUUCUGGCAGUGAUGACCCACAAAAUGGUAGAAAAGGAUUCAAAGGAGGAGAUUCUAAAAGCCUUCCGCUUGUUUGAUGAUGAUGAAACUGGGAAGAUCUCAUUCCGGAACCUAAAGAGAGUGGCGAAAGAGCUUGGAGAGAACCUGACGGACGAGGAGCUACAGGAGAUGAUCGAUGAGGCUGACAGGGAUGGAGAUGGCGAGGUUAAUGAACAAGAGUUCCUGCGCAUCAUGAAGAAGACCAGCCUGUAUUAACGGGAGAGAUAGAGAUAGAUAGAUAGAGCUUGCGAGUGCUGUGUCUUCAACUUCUCUUCCGUAUGUCUUUUUUUUUAUUUAGCUAUAUCAAAGAAUACUCCCAGGUCAAGUUGCUGAACAGGUUUAAAGGGCACUGCUGUUUGAAUUUAAACAUAAUGUCUGCCCCCCCAUUUCUGAGGGACAGAGCUUAAAGACGUAAUCACGGUCUGGUUUGAAUGUGUAAUACAUGGAGUUAAGAUAAACGUUGCGCCAAUCAAGUCCUGAUCCAUUUUGGUGUGCCAUCUGAUAUCCUUUCAAUACAGAAUAAAGGCAGGAUGCCUUAAUAUAUAUUUAAUGUUGUGUGUACAGUAUUGCCAUUUUAAAUGUAUCUUGUGUUGUGUGUAUCUUGUUUCACAUGAAAUGUUUUUACAGCUGCAAGUGAUUCUGGUAUUAAAAUAUUAUUUUUAAA